GGUAAUUGCGGUCUCCCGACUGGCCUUCUGGGUAGAGUCUGCGCGAGUGGGAGUGGAGCGAGUCGCUCGGUCUCGGCAGCGUUCAUCCAUUCUGUGCGGCACUCCCCGUACAGCUCCGUGCGUCCUCGGUGCGGACCGGGGUCUUCUCUACGCUCCUCGAAGAAAACGCGGGACGGAAAGCUAUACGGAAUAACCUUCAGCAAACCCUUUGAGACACGGAUUCUGGUGUCGGAGAGGACAUAUCGUGACGGAGAGCGGGAGAAAGGGGCUUUUUCCGAGGACGGCGUGCUCCGCUGAAACCCAACAUGGCGCUGCUGCGAGGUACGGUCGAGCUGAAUUAAUUUCUCCGCGAGUCCGCCGACCUCGCCACCUGUAUCCUUUGGGGCCCGGGCAGCAUUAGCUCUUCGACUUAAAGAAGCUUUUUUUGUGGAUUUCUUUACAUCCUGGCUUUUGUUUUUCCUCCGCGCAGGAUCUUUUUGUUGGUUUAUGGCUACCCAAGUGACAUUUGCAGCAGCAAAAAGUCCGCUUGAAAUAUAGGGUAAUGGAUGAGAGUUGUCUGUAGACAAUAGAAUAAGGACCCAGAGCUUUAGAAGUAAGACUUGUUUUGUUUUGUGACAAGUGGAUAACCUGUUAGACACUUUUGGUUGCUUUUUUUUCUUUGGCCGGGAUUGUCUGUCUCCAGCAGACAGGACCGUAACCGGGCUAGUCUACGUACGCACGGAUCGCUGUCCUCCUCGUUAACUUGGGAAAAACAGGAAAAAGGCGUGAGUUGAGGAGCACUGACGACGGCUGGAACAGGCACCAAUUAACCAGGGCAACAUCUGUUCGUGAUGUCGAUGCUGAGACACAGACCAACCUGGAACUAAGACAAGGAAACCACAUCACACAAAACAUGGUGGAUGCAAGGUUGACGCCACUGGCAGCGAUGGGGCUGGACCGAGGUACUCUGAUGCGUGAUGGUUUUCGUCUCCAUGGGGGCAUUGUAUACCCAGGGAUCAGUGCACUACCAGCCGAGAAGAGCCGAGACACGCCCGGCCUACCCCUCACUUAUAACAGAGAUGGUCUCCCAGAGCUCAUCUACAAGCCUGAUGGACCUCUUGACAGUCGUAAGCCCACUAAUGGAUACUUGGGUCUCUACAAAGGCACUCCUCCAAGUCUCCACAAGCCUUUGCUGGUUCCUGGAGCUGAAGGUUUAGGCUUGGAACGCAGAGUAGGGCCUGGAGAAAAAGCAUCUGAACUGGGCAUGGCAAGUGCUGGUGGCAGCUACCUUCGCCUGCCAUGGCUCAGUCCCUACCCUGAAGCGAGCAUGUAUCCCUUUAUGGACACAUCCAAGUAUGCAGCUCUAAAUAUGUACAAAGCCUCCUUGCUCAGCCCACCCAGUCCCUAUCUUCCCCAGCACCUGGCCUACCCUUCUCUGUGUGCAGCCCAGGGAGGCAGUGUCAACCCUGCUGCAGCCGCCUCUGCAACUGAGAGGCUCUACUAUAUGCCACCUUAUCCUCCCUCUCCGAUCUCUUCUCCAAUGGUGGCGCCUCCUAUGAGGAUUCCUACAGUCACAGUAGCCCCCACAUCACUGGUACACUGCCAAGACAAGGGGCUAGGGGUUGCAUCUCCAUUUGCACAGCAGCUUCACCAACCUUCCCCUCAUCCUCAGCACCAUCAGGCUGCUAUAGACAGGGACCGUUCCCCAAGCAGGAGCAGCAGACCAAGCAGACCUCCCUCUAGGAAAGGCUCUAGCAACAACAAUAACACCAAUAGCUCUAGCAGUAGCACUAGUGGCACCAGUGGUGGGAAUAAUAAUAGUCAGCCUACUGAUUCUUCUCGCCUUGCCCAGCUCUCUCUCAUUGACAAUUCACUGGAUUUACAAAGGCCAGUCCCCAGAAAAGGACAACCACCAACCUCCUCUACUUCUUCAAUAUCUGCCUCAUCCUCAUCCAUACAGUCAAUUCCUCAUCCAUUCUCUGUGAGCAGCAUGGCAUCAGAGCAACCCUCUCCUGCCCGGCCCAGCCCCCACAAACCUAGGCAGAGAGAGGGGGCGCCUGAACAUAGAUGUGUGGGAGUUGAGAGGAGACCCAGCAGGUCACCCUCCAAACCCACUUUUGAGAGGCCAGCUCACCAACCCCAAGCAACCAAAGACUCAGCAGAGAAGCCCUUGGAUUUGUCUGGGAGAAUGCUUGAGUUUGGGCUGCCUCCCAAUGGAUUCCCAGUCAAGAUGGACACUCUGGCAUCAGGUGCACGUUAUGGACUACCUUCUAGCCGAGAGCUCCUAAAGGAAAACCUGUCCCUCUCUCCUUCCUCCCAUCCUCACUCUGUGGUUAGCAGCACUUCUUCGAAGGUUUCAGAGAGGUCAGAGAUGAUCAGCACUUUACACUCAUCCUGGGUUGUACCUAGCCCUUCUCCCUCUCAUACACAGCACACACCAGGCUUACCCCCCUCUCCAAGGCCUAAUGCAGACGUGGGCCCUUCACAAGCCAAAGGCUCCUCACCCUCUGUCAUCAAACACAAGGGUCUGGAGAGAGUACUCCCUCAGCAACGUAACGCAUCCUGUCCAAGGACAGGGGAGCCCAACCAUAAUGUUUCCUCUACUCAACACUCCUCUCUGGUCUCCUCCAGGGCUCUUUCUCCCAAACCUGAUGGUGACUGGGUCAAACAGAGUCCCAGUCAAUCAGAACAUCUAUCGGUCAUGGGUCACCACAGAGAGGGAACAGAGAAGUCCUCCCAGACUACUAAGAGAGGUGAAACAACUCCAGAGGUGUCAUCAUACAAGAGACCUUGUUUAGAGAAUGGUCACCCUCCUGGCCAUCUUUACCUUCCUCAAAACGAUUCUUACCUGAACCACAGUUUGGCUUAUACUAAUAGAUACCUGCACUACCCCGUCCCUGAUGGCAUGACAUUGCAUUCCCUGUCAAUUACAGGGAAAGGCCCUGUCUAUCCUCACCCAGUAGUGCUGAGCAACAACAGCCUUUACCCAAACCAUUUAGCAGCAAAGCACCCUUUACCCUACCACAACCUCCCAGCCGGUCCAGGAGGGGAAUACCUCACUUAUAACUCACAGGAGAUGGCUCAUCCCCUGAUGCAGACUCACUCAGACAACAAGCUGCCAGAAAGGGGAGAUGCAGCAUUGAAGCCCCGGGGACAGGAGAAAUCCCGGGGAGCUGCUGAAGAAUGCGGAGUCCCCAGAGAUCAAAACGCGGGGAAAGAGAUCGGUGACGGAAGCCAAAUUAAGUCUGAUAAGCAAGCAGGAGCACAUACACAGGGUGGAAGUCAAGGCAAACUCCCAUCUUCCUCUGUAACAUCCAGAGAAAAGAUUGUCUGCAUUGACCUUGUACAUUCAGACACAGAUAUUGAGUCUACCCCAACAGUCAACAAACAGCUCUCUGCUGAAACCAGCACCAAGGUUAACCAAAAUGAAUGUUGUCAUAGUAACCAAAAUCUGACAAAGACUGACUACGAGUCAAAACACCAACACCACCUUUCCCAUCCUUAUCCACUCCAUUCUGGACAUAGCCCCACCCUGAAGCCCAGUCACACUGAUAGACAGCCAGAAACCUCCUUAGGGAAACCAAAGGCUCUUCAGGACACAGGCUGUCCUGGGGUGACAUCUGAUACGUCCCCACCUUCUCCAGGGCAGGUCGUCCAAGCAGAGGACAGCCCAGAGGAACAGAGUCCCAGUCCAGAUCCUGUAGACCAAGACCAGAGCACCUUGCGCUGUGCUCGCACAUCUGGGGAACGCAGCUCUGGCAAGGUCAAAGGGGACAGAGAGAAUCGUGCUCUUCACCCCACUCAGCACUGUGCAGAUGUGGUGAAGGAGAGUGUGAUGUGCGAGAAGGAGACUGAAAAGGAAGACACUAUUGUUGACCUUGGGGAGUCUCAAGGAGAAGGGGACGAGGAUGAAGAGGAAGAGGGUAGCCACACUUCAUCUAAAAGCUCUCGUAGAUCCAGUCUGGCCAAGAGGAUUGCAAACUCCUCAGGCUAUGUUGGCGACCGCUUUAAAUGUGUCACCACUGAACUGUAUGCUGACUCCAGCAAGUUGAGCCGUGAGCAGAGGGCUCUGCAGAUGGAAGUCAUAUCACGAGAGGGGAGUAAUAUAAGUCAACCUGCAGCUAACUGGGAGCGGGCAAUGAUGCGGUUCUCGGAGCUGGAGCUGAAGGAGAAGGAGGGCGGCGGUGUGUGUGUGUCUGCCUCGGCAGCGGCAGCAGGACGGGAGCUGGCAGACGGCCAGCACAGAGAGCGAGCGCUGGAACACUGCCAACACACCACCAGGCAGGGAGAGAGGGAGGGUGUCCGGCCAGCAUACACAAACAACAGAGUUCCAGUCCUCCAGAGGUGUGGUGGUCAGAAGGAGCCAUCCCAAGGGCAUGGGGCCCGAGACGGGGCCAGAAAUGCCAGCCAUGGAGGACUUAAGGAUGGAGCCAGGAAGGCAAUGAGAGAGUGUGAAGGAGGUCAUUGUGUGCCCCCGAUUUUGACACCGGCGAAAGGGUACAAUGGGGAGAAAGUCAGCCCUGGCUUUGGACCUACCAGGAAACGCCUGCUCUGCCCCAGGGCUGAACAGGAGGACAUGGAAAGGGAGGAUGGAGAGAGGGUGUCACACCCAGAGAAAAGAGCCAGGAUUUCCACAGAUGAGCGUGAGCAGGCCAGUCCCGAUGAAGAUGAGGACGACGAGGUGCGGAAGCUCAAGGUCUGCAUCGAGCUGAAGGGACUGAGACUCAGCAAGCCUGCUGCUGGCGCAGUUUCACCCGAGGAGUCCCAAAACAAACAGGAGAGGGCAUGGCCCCAGUCCAGACUGUUAACCCCCGCUCAGAGCAUACGGGACCGUAAGAUCAGGGCUGGGGAGGCAGAGGACAGAGCCGCAGCGCAAAGAGCUGACAUCAACAGGAAAUGGGGCUGCGAGAAGCUACUUAAUGGAGUAGCUGCUUCUUCCCUUCCCCCCGGCCAGCUGAAGGACAGGGCGCAAGCGCUGGGCCCCUUCUCAGGUGACCGUGGCCUCAAGGAGCCCAGGAGGGGCCCCCCUUCUCCGGCCCCACAGCCGUCUGUGGGAGGCACCCCUCCCCUCAAGCCCCGUCGCCAUAGUGACACGGACAAACCCAAGGGCAAGCGGCCGUGCAAGACCAAACACACAAGUCAGAGGGAGCGAGAGCGCGAGAAGAGGAAAGAGGCCACACCUAACAGCCCAGGCCAGCGUUGUGUAGCUGAUCUGGGAGCAGCUGAAGAGGACAAGCUGAGUGAGCAGCGUGGCGCUCCGAGGAAGGGAGCCGCCUCUCCUAAUCAUUAUCCCGGCUCUCCAGUCAAGCCCUGUUCCCCCGCCGCGCUCUGUCCGCCGUGUCUGCAGCCCCAGGCGAACAGCAGAGCGAGCGGUGGCCCACCGGAGGCGGUGGGGGUGCACAGGACCCCUCCUGCUGAGCCUCCUGCGGUGCGUCCGAUCCCGCCAGAAGCUCGUCGACUGAUCGUGAACAAAAACGCCGGAGAGACUUUGCUGCAGAGAGCUGCACGGCUGGGCUACGAGGAGGUGGUGCUGUACUGUCUGGAGAACAGAGUAUGUGAGGUGAAUCACAGAGACUACGCUGGUUACUGCGCUCUCCAUGAAGCAUGUGCCCGUGGCUGGCUCAGCAUAGUCCAACACCUGCUGGACUAUGGGGCCGACAUCAACUGCAGCGCACAGGAUGGCACCAGACCGAUUCAUGACGCUGUGGAGAAUGACCACCUGGAUGUGGUGCGAGUCCUGCUGUCUUAUGGCGCUGAUCCAACCCUGGCCACAUAUUCUGGCCGUGGCCUCCUGAAAAUGACCCACAGCGACAGCAUGGAGCGCUUCCUCACUGAUUAUUUUGCUGACCUUCAGGGCCGCUCAGAUGACGACCCAGGGCUUUAUUGGGAAUUCUAUGGCAGUGCUGUGUGUGAGUCAAGCGAAGAGGGUGGUGUCUAUGACAUCCUGGCCGACCCGCCGGGCCCAGAGGAUGAAGAAGAGGAUAAAAAGGAGGUGUUUGAGUUUGAGUUCUCUGACCGACCUCUGCUGCCUUGCUACAAUAUCCAGGUGUCUCUGUCCCAAGGGCCAAGAAACUGGCUGCUGCUGUCUGACGUGCUUCGUCGACUGCGGAUGUCUGCUCGAGGUUUCCGACAGACCUUCCCCCACAUGGAGGUGGUGACAGUGGCAGAGGCAGAGUUUUACCGGCAGGCCUCUCUUUCGCAGCUCUUCUCCUGCCCGGAGGAGCUGGAGGGCUUUCAACCGGACAGCAAAGACUUGUUGGACCUGGUGGAAGACAGCGCUGAGCUGGCCGCUCUUCUGGGCUCCACACUGGAGUGUCUGGACGACCACUGGGACCACCCAGCGGACAAAUUGAAGGACAAAAUCAAGACUGUUGGCAAGUUGGGCUCAUCCUGACCCCUGAAGCCACUAAAUGCGGACCUUGAUCCAUACGGACUGCAGUUUGCUUUAGAAACAACCAGAGGUUAUGAUAUGCCUUAGCCUGACCCUUAGUUCCCAUGCUUUGGCCCUGGUCUGGACCAGCACUGGUGCACUGUACAGAUGGAAUGACCUGCUGGCUGACUGGGCUGCUGAAACAUUACCCUCUGUUAACUGAGGAUCAUACAUUUGUGACUCAAUAGACUUAAUAAUGGUCUUAUUUUUAUAAAUUAAUAUAUGUAUAAAUAAAUAAAUAUAUAUAUAAAUAUAUAAAAUAUCAAGAUUUUUUUUUUUGGUUCAGAUGUUCAUGACUCCUCUGAAAGAUUUUAUAUGGCAACAGAUUGUUGUCGUGUUGUCUGCAAUUAGAUGGAGUGCGUGAGUGCGCAGCACAUUGUGCCUGUGUGUAGCUGCACGGGAUAGUACUGAGACUGUGCUAUUGAAUGUGGUAUUUGUGUUUAUAGGAAGCACAUGAUGUCCUGUUUUUUUUUUUCUCCUCAGACUUUAGCGCUCGCUUGAGCCUCAGGGGCUAUUCUGUUGUAUCUUUUUUUUUUUAAAUGCUCAAAUUUUGCUUUCUGUUUAGUCUGUAAUUUAACAUGCAAAACUACAAAAUUGUUUGUAUAAUAAAGUUUUAGGGGUGUUGAUAUUCACCCUUUGGCACAGAGCUUGUAUAUAACAGGGAGGCUACUGCAGUAAAGUAAUUUUUGGUGUGUUCAUUUUUUGUUUUAACUUUGUAAUUAAAAUAUCUCAUAAUUUGUAUUUAUAUUUUACAAAAGAAGUUGCUUUAAAAUAAAUAUACAAACUGCAAGAA